AUGGAUCCGCUUAGCAGGUACAAGCAAGCCGUGCAACAGCGGCUGGACAGCGCGGAGCGGGCGGUGAGCAAGGUGGUGCACGAGAACACGGUGCUGGCGCAGCAGCUGGCGACGCGCGAGAAGGAAGUGGCGGCACUGCAGGCGCAGGUGGCAGAGGCAGAGGAGGCGCGCGCGCGCGCGCAGACAAGGCAGGCGACGCUGGAGGAGGAGGUGGAGAUUCUUAAGGAUCUGUUUGAGCACUUGUGCGGGGUGCGCGUGCACAAGUCGUACGAGGAUGACACGGGCCUGUGGUUUGACGCGUCGCAGGGGAGCCGACACGGCGUGAUGGACUACAAGCUGGGGUUUGUCAAGAAUGGCGAUAGCGGGGAGACAGAGGUAGUGUACGUGCCGCUGCUGAAGCGGCGGCGCGCGGGGGAGCUGCGGCAGCUGCAGGCGCAGCUGCCGGCGUACCUGUUCGACACGCUGAGCUUCCCGCUCAAGUCGCUGCACCAGUUUUACGGGAAGCUGGCACGGUGCCUGUCGCGCAGCGAUGUGAAGACGGGCACGACAGUGCCGUAG